CUCAGUCAGUGCGGUUGGACAGAACCUCUUCAAAGUCAGAACAAGUACAGUGAAGUUUUUAAUAGCAAAGGGUUAUUUUUUAAGUAGCACAAUACUGAACUGAAAUUUAAAAAUAGUGAAUCUUUGGGUUUUCCGACUACUGUGAACUGGCGCCCUCUUUCUGAGAAUAGUAUUUUAAAAGCAGACUACUAUCCGAGUAUAAAUAUAGCUGCAGUGCAGUGCGCUGGUAUGUUUGUCUGAAUGAAUAAUAGUGACUAUUUUACAACCAAGCGGAAGAAAGUGAAAUAGCGUAGUUAUAGUAGUACGCCCGAUGUAGUGAAGCUUGACGCUCGAAGUAACACGAAACGUGCACCUCUCAUUGAACAACGUGAAGCCAUAAGAACACAACAAAAUACAAGUCCUUCAAGCGAACAAAACAGCUAUACAUACUACACUAAAACUCGACCUGGGUGCGUUCAUUCAACUGUGUUGGAUCGUCGAAUAGGGUUCUAAAGAGUUUAACUCUAAACAACAGGCAUCACUUUGGCGUCCCUUCGGUAGCGCAUAUAACCAGCUUCAAAACGUUCUCCCUCAAGAUGGAUAUCUACUACAUGAGCGACAGCAUCCAGUACGGGUCCUUCCGGAACCAGCUGUACCGGGACUAUGAAAAAUUCCCCUACGGUACUCUGGAGAACCCGCUCAAUAGUCCCCCCAAGAGUAGCCAGCAGCUUCAGAAGCAGCAGCAACAGAAGGACAGCUACAAUAUGGCACAAGGCAAAUCAAAGUCCAAAUCAUCCAAGGAAUCGUGUCCCUUCUGCAAGGAACAGAAGAAACGCCCCUUGGGCGCAUACCUACGUAAGCGGGGUCAACGCAUCACUAGCGAGAGCAUCUCCGAAGACGUCGAAGAAUGCGUCGAAGAAGAGCAAGAGGAACCGACCGCAACGGUCGGCGGAAGCCCGAGCAACAACGAACUGGCUCACAACCACAACCAUCAGCACCAUGAUCAAAGGCACCAGGUCGUGGGCAGUGGAAGGUACUCUCGCCAAGAGUCACAGGACAGCGAUGGCAAAUAAGCUUUUCUAUAAUUUUCUGCUUACUCUAGUCUACAAAAGAAGCAGUGGUUUUCUUAUUACAGUUGUUUAUGUAUCUAUAUCUUUUUUUUACGGUAUAGUUCUAGGAUUAAAUAACACUAAGUGAAUCUACCACGAUUUUUCUCCACAAGCGAAUGGAUCUCCCUGAACAGCAGAACAAAAGCAAGUGAUAGUUUCAGUGAAACUAACCGAUGUAAUAGUAGUUAAGCAGGGGAGUAUCUCACAUUCACUGAAGAAUAAUUGACCCGGUCAAAUGAGGAAAAGACUGACCUUCCACCAAGUACCUUUCACAUCAAUGCAAAACGAAAACAAU